AUGGCAAAAUCUAGUUCUGGUAAAGUUAAAGGAUCAAAUAAAAGUAUGAUAAUAAAAAGGGAGAGUCAGGUAAAUGAAGAAACAAAAAGAAGGUUGAUUAUUAAGGGAUCGAAAUGCAAGGAAAACAUACAAAGUUUGUUGAAAGAUUUAUUUAAGAUUUUCCCAAGGGCUUAUACCAAAAUUGUUAGAGGCAUUACAAAGGGAGAGCUGAUAACUUCUCCAUGGGUAGAUUUUCACAAGAUGGAACAACUAUCCUAUAAGCAUGGUUCAAGUAUAAGUAUAUUUGCAAAUAGCUCUAAGAAACACCCAUUUAGAUUAAUCUUCACAAGAUAUUAUGAUAGCCAUAUUUUGGAUAUGUAUGAAUUCAAUGUACUAAAUUAUAAGGGAAUUUCCCCAAUUGUGGAAUUACCAAAGUAUGGAUCAAAACCAAUAGUAAUUUGCCAAGGAGCUCCUUUUGAAUCUGACGAUGUUUAUAAAAGCAUGAGAGCAAUGUUUUUUGACACUUUUUCAGGUCCAAUAGUUAGAGGAUCAAAACUGUUUCUCAAAGGAUUUGAUCAUUUAAUCCUCAUUACAGCUUAUGAAUCUAAGACAGAGAAAAAUACUGAUCAUUCUUCAAUUAUUGGAUUACAGGAUUCUAAGAUUUAUAUUGAUAUUAGAAGUUAUUUAAUCCACUUAAAUAAACCAACAGAACAUAUACCAAAUGAGUCACUAAUUAAAUCAGAUCAAAGCCUUAUUUUAAAUGGAUCACCGAGAGCAAUUUUAUCAGAGAUUGGCUUACAAAUAAAGAUGGAAUUAGUUAAGCAUCAGAUACCAGAUAAGAGCUUACUGAAGUCAGCAAUGAUGAUUCCAAGAGAAAUUAAACCUAAAAAGGUUAAGAAUAUAACAACAAAUGUUUUAGGAGAGUCAAUUGGAAGAAUCCAUGUUGGUAAACAGGAUUUAAGUACAUUAAAUACUCCUCAUGCAAACAUUUUAUCAAAGAUUAACCGUAAUACAGAGUAA